UGUAGGUACGAUGCUGCCCAGCUCCAUCCAGAUUUCGGGGGAGCCGCUGUCAGGCGCCGAGGUGCGGGACAUCUGCCGCGGCCUGCGCGACAAUGCCGUGCGCCUGCUCUCCCUGCGCGGCUGCCGCCUCUGCGACCGCGACUUCGGUCGCAUCUGCCGGGCCCUAGCCGGGGCCACGUCCCUGGCGCAGCUCAACCUUAACCUGGGCGUCGUGUCCAGCCCCAGCCGCAUCAAGCAGCUUGCGGAGGCGCUUCGAACCAACCGCUCCAUCCAGUCCCUCUUCCUGCAUGGGAGCCCCCUGACAGAUGCAGGGUUGGCCUUGCUGAACCCAGCCCUGGCCCUCCACCCUGCCCUUGUGGCUCUGGACCUGGGGGACUGCAUGCUAGGUGAUGAAGCCAUCAACCUCAUCUGUGGCCUACUCCCCCCAGAUGGGGCCAAGUCUGGUUUGAAGGAGCUAACGCUGAGUGCCAACCCUGGCAUCACCCCUAAGGGCUGGAGCCGCCUCGCCAUUGCUGUGGCCCACAGCUCCCAGGUCCGCGUCCUCAAUUUGGAUUACAACCCCCUGGGUGACCAUGUGGCAGGGAUGCUGGCAGUAGCAGUGGCCUCCAGUCGCACCUUAGAGGUCCUAGACUUGGAGAGCACAGGGCUCACCAACCAGUCGGCUCAGACCCUGCUGGACAUGGUAGAAAAUUACCCCACAGCUUUGCGGAGCCUGGUGUUGGCUGAGAACAGCAUUAGCCCAGAGCUGCAGCAGCAGAUCUGUGACCUCCUUUCUGAGGGAGAGGAGGAGGAGGAGGUGGCAGGAGGGCCUGGUAACACCCAGGAACGAGAGAGGGGACGGGAGCCUGCUGCCCACCAGAGGGGAAGCAGCUCCUGGAUGUGCCCCAGUGAUCCCAGCUCUCAGAUGGUGCUAAUGACGUCAGGACUAGGGGACAGUCUGUUGGCUGAGACCGAGAUGUGACUCUCCACUUGGGCUUCUGCACAUCGUUGAUCACAUUUGUCUCUGUCUCCAGCACCUAGCCCCAGAUACCAGGGUCAGGCCCUGGGGCUUGGGAGGGAGGGGGGUUGCCUAGGGCUCUGGCAGCUCGUGGCAGUGUGAUGGGAGGCUCUGGAGGCUGUGAACGAGCAACAGCCUUGGGAACACUUGAACCCAAGGCGAUGACUCUGGACUUGUUGGCAGCUCUGGCUGCAGCCCGCUGGCUCGGAAGAGAUUUUAUGAACUCUACAA